ACUUUUUAAAAAAAAAAAGCGAGGAGGGUGGGGACGUAACAAGACCCCUGGUUAUGCCUCGUGUUCCGUGCACUGUCUACUCCGCCCAACCUCAGUCACGCCUAUCGUACUCAAAUGUUCGCCAGGUGUCGCAAUCGCUGGCCAGCCAACCGUAGCACUAGUACCCUACAUAUUACCGCAAUACCCGUUCACAGGAUCAUAUCGCACAAUCCACCGUCAGAUGCUUACUGGUGUUCAUAUUGGCCAGUCAGCGCUUUCUCCAGACCUUUAUCAUAACAUGUCGGAUCUUGAAGUCUGCAGUUCUGUGAUUUACAGGGUGAGUGAAUUGGCACAGGUCGAAGAUUAAGGCAGUCGCCUCCCAAUCGGCUAUACAACUGAUUAACCAGUACACGCGAUGAUAUACUAAGCUCCAAGAGGCAGGUGUCGGAAUCUCCACACUCCAUCACCAGAUUUUCCAGGAAGACUUGUGCUUCGUGUUGUGAGACGCUGUCUGUCGUAGCAGUGUCUGUCGUCUCUGGGCGCCAUAGCUCGACAUUGCAGGUGACUGGCAGUGAAGAGGAGGCGACCGUCACACACAACACAAGCAACGCAUGUUUCAAGAUGUCGGAGGAACUAGGAAAAGGGAGAUGUACAUUUUGGAUGCAGAUAGGAUUUAUGCGGGAGCAAGUCGUUUGCGAAACGGACAUAGCACUGCCAGCUUUAAAAGAACUCGCUUGUCAGUUCGUUGACAGAAAGUUUCCGGAGCACCGCUUCUACAACCUAGUGGAUAAAAUACUCCUCUUCAAGCACGAUGCCUUCGAUCCUAACAUACUGCAGAUCAUCUCAAAUCUGGUGGAAAUUAAAGAGGGCUGUUUGGUGGAAGUGGUUCUUUCAGCACAAGCAACCAUGGAGGACCUGCAAAUCCGCCCUCAUCUGUUAUUUGUGCAUUCUUACAAGUCACCACAUUUUUGUGACUUCUGUGGCGAGAUGCUUUUUGGUCUUGUCAAACAGGGGCUGAAAUGUGAAGGCUGUGGAAUGAACUUCCAUAAGCGAUGUGCUUACAAGAUCCCAAACAACUGUGCACGCGAUCGCUAUCGACGGCAUUCUUCAUCAAAUGUCUCCUUCACAAUCCCAACCAAGGCUGAAACACCCACCGACAAUCAUGUGCAGAAUCUUCUUUCAGUACCUACCCAUUGUACCCCACCGUCACCUGGAGGUGGACGAUCAAAAUCUUGGAGUGGUCGGCCUCUGUGGUUGGAACGAGAGUUUGCCAAUCGUAUCAAGGUGCCUCACACCUUUGUGGUACACAAUUACACACGUCCCACAAUUUGUCAGUGGUGCAAGCGGCUUCUUCGAGGUCUCUUUCGUCAGGGAGUACAGUGUAAAGACUGCAGGUUUAACUGCCACAAGAAGUGUGCCACCCAGGUUCCAAAUGACUGUGCAGGUGAAAUGUCCUAUAAUGUUGCAGAAGACCAAGAGAAUUACCUGGACACAGAGAUUUCAGUGGCUACAGAAGAUUCAGAGCUCUUUGAAACAGAAGAACUCCUACAGGAGGAGCUGGAGCGAAAUGCAGAAGAUGACAUUGAGGACAUGGAACAAAAACCACCUCUAAGCCCGACAGAGAGCAGUAAUAUACCUUUGAUGAGAGUGGUACAGUCCAUUAAACAUACCAAGCGAGCUGGGUCCAAGACUAUCAAAGAGGGGUGGAUGGUUCAUUUUACAGACAAGGAUAAGACGAGGCGAAGGCAUCUAUGGCGUUUGGAUGCCAAAUCAGUGACUCUCUUUGUGGAUGAAAAAUCAAGUAGAUAUUACAAGGAGAUUCCUCUCAAUAGUAUUAGUUCAAUUGAACCAGCUAAGCUUCAGCAUGGGCCAGACUAUUCUUGGGCUCCUCACGUGUUUGAGAUUCACACAACUGGAGGGCUGACUUAUUGUGUUGGAGAGGACCUGACCUAUGGCCAUCAAGACUCUAACAUAGUGACAUCACCAGAAAGUGGGAGUGGCCUGGAGCAAGCCAGACACUGGGAGCAAGCUCUCCGACAGGCACUGAUGCCUGUCACUCCACAGUCCAGUAACGCAGUAGAUGAAGCAAAUUCCUCACAAGAUGAAGAAUCACAGGCAGACAAACAGGUGGACAUAAGUCAGUUGUAUCAAAUAUUUCCUGAAGAUGUUCUUGGCUCUGGACAAUUUGGUAUUGUCUAUGGAGGUCGCCAUCGCAGAACUAAUCGUGAGGUAGCAAUAAAGGUGAUUGACAAACUACGCUUCCCAACGAAACAAGAGGCACAGCUGAAGACGGAGGUUGCUAUUUUGCAGAACCUUCAUCACCCAGGUGUUGUAAAUUUGGAACAAAUGUUUGAAACACCUGAACGGAUAUUUGUAGUGAUGGAGAAACUGAAGGGAGACAUGUUAGAAAUGAUCUUGUCAAGUCCCAAGGGACGCCUCAGUGAACGGGUCACUCGUUACUUAAUCUACCAGAUCCUGAUUGCAUUGCGCCACUUGCAUUCCAAAAGCAUCGUCCACUGUGACCUAAAGCCAGAGAAUGUCCUUCUCUCCUCUGAGACAGCCUUCCCUCAGGUGAAACUUUGUGAUUUUGGAUUUGCAAGGAUCAUUGGUGAAAAAUCAUUCAGAAGAUCUGUGGUGGGCACCCCAGCGUAUCUUGCUCCUGAGGUGUUAAAGCGAAAGGGCUACAACCGAUCACUUGACAUGUGGUCAGUGGGCGUGGUGGUAUAUGUUAGUCUCAGUGGUACCUUUCCCUUUAAUGAAGAUGAAGAGAUUAGUGAUCAGAUCCAAAAUGCUUCCUUCAUGUACCCACCUAACCCUUGGAAAGAGAUUUCUCAAGAAGCAAUUGACCUGAUCACAAACCUUCUGCAAGUCAAACUACGUAAACGGUUUACUGUUGACAAGUGCCUGCUUCAUGUGUUUCUGCAGGACUACCAGACUUGGUGUGACCUUCGUAUGCUGGAGUCUCAGGUGGGAAUACGUUACCUAACACAUGAAUCUGAUGACGAACGCUGGGAAAAACAUCGGCGGGACCACAAUCUGAAGACAUGGCAGGAGCUGGGUCAGAAAGGUGUGAAUGAAAAAUAUUCCUUCAGCAAGUUCCGUGAGAAGCAGGCAGCAACUGCUCAUGCGUGAUGCCACGCUUCUGUCACCAUGUCGUGACAUCAUGCUUCUUGUUUGUUUGUGACACCAGACUACAAAUGUAAAGCAGGCUGUGGUGCAUCAUGAAACAUCUUAGCCCAUAACUACAGGUCAAUUUAAUUAUGGGAGUUUGUAAACUGGGAACUAUGUUUGAUAAGAUAAACAUACUACUAAUAUUAGUUGUGUUUAAUCUGGGUAUCAGUUUGGAACAAAAAUGAAAAUCCUUUAUGAAAAAUAAUGUUUUUGGUUAAGUUUUUUAAUAUAAAUAUUUCAGGUAAUAUAAAAUUUAAUCGAUGAUAAAGUCCUUUCAGUAAACUUAAAAUUGAUAAAUAAAAGUAAAUGUGAUGAAAAGUCUACAUACUCUAGACUAUAUAGGUAUAGAAUGUCUCUCCCUUGUAGAACCUUGAGAUAUAUGGGCCAAGAUGAUUCUGAAGCUUUAUUCUUUUGAUGGGGCUUGAGUGAAGACCAUUGUUUGUGGCAUACUUUACUGGAACUGUCUUUCCUGUGGCCAGUAUAUUUCACUAAGCAUGGUUCUCAACUAUUCACCAUGCAGCACCAAAAAGAAGGUGUAAGAUUGUGUGUUGUCAUUGUCUUGUUCUUUGUGAUUUGUUAAUUAAAUUUAGUUAAUAGUGCCAUGUAACUGUGAAAUGUGAAAGGAAAGAGAAUAUAUUGUGGGAAAAGAAUCUGGACAACAUAAAACAUUUUGUUGGAUGAUGUUGCAAGGCCAGCACUUGUUUCUCCAUGGGACAGCAGUUCAGAUUUUUUCCUUAUGAAAGAGUUGAAUGUGUAAAUAAAAUAUUUGUUAAAACCCAUACAGUAGUCAAACAACUUUGGAACUCAAUACUAUAUGCAGCUUAUGUAAAUAUUUGAUUGCUUGCAAGUGCUUUAAGAGACUCAACCCUUCCCAGUGAACCCCACUUGUAGAUGACAUUCCCGUUUGAGCAGCUCAUGCUGUGCUUGCUACCUGCUGAUGUAUGUAUGUUUAUCUGUGUAUGUAUGUGUGUAUAUAUAUAUAUGUUCACUGUGCUGUUUUAGUCAUUUUAUGUAUGCUUCAUUUACUAUUGAUCAUCUUUGAUGACAGUAGUGAAGAAAGUGUUAAGACAGGGUAGUUUUUACUACUUUAAAGCUUUUUAUAUCGAUGUUGUUUUUGAUGUCUUAUGCAAUAGAGGGUUCCCGGCAUGAAAUUUUAACUGUCUUGAUCACAAAGAGGUUUUCAUGGGUUUGUACAAAGUGUGAUAUAUGUACCCAUCAGUUGUGUUGUUUACAGUUGUUCUCACCAAGGUGCCAACAAAAAAAAAUUGUCAGUCUGUGAAGGCUGCCAAAAUAUUAGGAGCUGGGAUUUUUAAUCAGCUGGGAGCCCUCUGUGCAACAACCUGACCAUUUACUUGAUUGUCAUUGUUUUAAUCAAAGUAGAUCCUGCUUCAUUUAGAGGAAGAAUUUUGUAUGAAUGGUUGACAGUGGCAUUUCUUUCAAGGGGCAGCUCUUAUAUUAUCUAGUUUCAAAGGGAGAGGCUUCAGGUUUUACUUGUAGACUCCCAAUACUCAGAUAUGGACUACCCCUAGGGAAACAAUCAGAAGAGUUGACACUAAGAGUGCAAGGAUUUUGCUGGCUGUGUGUGUGUGUGUCCAGGAGAAAGAGAGACAAAUUCAUAGGAGAUUACGGCUUAGUUGCAUGUGCAUUUUCUCACAUUUUCGCUCAACGUGACUGGGUUCUUGGCAGCAUACAAGUGACACCAGGCAAAACAUUAAAAAGUACUGUGCCUUGAUAAUCACCAAUGGAAUCUUGUUUUACCCAAUGCUGUAUGUUUUCUAUUAAUUCCAUCACGUCAUAUUCUUUAAAGGCUUAUAACAGCUAGAUUCAAAUUGUACAUAUAAAUCUUUGUUGUGGUUCUAUCAUUGUAAAGCUAUUUUGUGCAGCACCUCAAUGUUGUGCUCGGGCACAUUUUUCUUUUUUUUACUUUUAAAUAUUCAUUUACACUUUUUGUAAAUGUUUUGAUGCUGGUCCAUAGCAGGUGUGCAUUUCACACAUUGGGUCCCAAGAUCCAUGCUUUGUUCUACUUUAUUGGACAUGUGGUUCAAAGCAUUCUGUUUCCAAAGAUGUCUUAUAAAUCUUCCACAGUAGCUGCAUGUUUUUUUUAAAAGCACUUCCUAUUUUAUUAUAUCCUAACAUAUUUUACAAUAGACUGUUGAUCCUGAUUGACAGUUUAUAAAUUAUCUGAAAGGAGACACCAAUGGAUACUAUAUAUAUAUUUUUUUUUUUUGAGUGAGGAGAGUCAUUUAAAGUUUGUACCAUAUGAUACGUUUUGUAGUUCAGAUCUGGUCACUUCUGUGCUCUCAUUAUUUCUCUCUGGAUAAGUCAUCAUCUCUCAUCAUAGUUUUUAUUUGUAGCAAUAUUGCUCCAGUGCAUCCUGAGUAUUUAAUUUUAACCAAAGGUACUGAAUGUCCACAUGCUCUUUGAAGCACAAAACUGAAUAUGAGAGAAUUUGUUUGUAGAUUCAGUCUUCUUUUCAUGUGACGUCUUCACAUGUCGGCUUGAAAAGAUCUGAAAUUUUGCAACCUGUACAUAUAGCAUGUUGCUGCACAAUGUUUCUGGUGAGAAAGCAAGAGGACUUUUGCCACCUCAGGAGCUAGAUGCCUGUUACUUUAAACUUUUGUAUUGCCUGUAUACUAGAAAUACUGGGAGUGUAUGUUGAUGCCUGGUGUUGAGAAGUGAGAGCAUUUUACCUCUGACAUUUGACUCUAACUGCCAAGUAAGGUCAACGUUUUCUGACAAAUCCUUUAUAGUGGGAGCAGUAGAUAGCAUCAUGUAAAGGAAAAGGUGAAAGGGAUGUUAUUCAAGUACAAGAGUCAGAACCAUAAAAUUUAUAUCUGGGCCUGGCCUAACCCAGUGCCAUUCUUUUGUGUUCAUCGUGAACUUGUUUUGUGUUCUAGAUACUGUAUGUUGUGCCAUCCAUGAUAUCCACCCACGUACCAUUUGGCAAAAGUUGUAGAACACUUGCACAUUUUCAUGAAGCUGUUCACUGUUUCUCAUCAUCAUUUGUAUUUGCAGUUCUUUAUAGCUGACUUUUAUCAUUAGUUUGUUUCUUAUGUCAGGGCAGAUUCAGUUUAUUUGUUGUCUUUAACAUGUCUUUAGCGCGUGCACACUCACAGAGCUGUUACAAGACAUCAUUACUACAACUGUUAGAACAUACAAUAUUGCAACUACUGUUACUACUGCUUCACACUACUGUUACUAUGUAUACAAUACAUUGUUAUUACUACUACUGACAGCACACUACAUUGCUACUAUUGCAUCACUGUUAUGACAGUAUUAUUACUAUACAUUUAUUACAUCUCAGAAACUACUGCAACAUGUACUACAGUCGGACCUCGAUAAGUCGAACUCAAAGGGACACGAAAAAAAAAUUGACUUACGGAGUUUUCGAGUUACGGAAAAUGGCGGAAUAGGCGCAGGUAUUUGGCCGGGAACUAACAAUUAAUUCGAUAUAAGGAGGUUUUCGACUUAGGGAAGGUCGACUUAUCGAGGUCUGACUGUAUAACAAAACACUACUACUACUAUGAUACUGUUUUUCACUACUGUUACAACUUUUACUGUUAUUACUGCUUACACAACAACACAAACACCAUUACUAUUGUGCAUUAUUGUAUCUGUUGUUGCAACACUAUUAUUACUACUAUUAAAUAUUACUACUACACAUGCUAUUCCAACACCUUUAUUCUACUAUUGCGACAAUCACACUAUUAAAACCCAUACUAAUACAAUCAGUAUGACUAGUUUUAUCGCUACAGCAACACUAUCAUGACUGCUGUUACAAUGCAUGGGGUGCAUGCACACUACUACCAUUACAAUACUUCAUAUUCCAACACAUGCUAUUACAAUUAGUCCUGUUACUGUUCUUAUUAUUACAAUAUACUAUCAUCACUAUUCAUACACACACAUAUAUCAGCUUAUAAUCAUAUGUGAUUAUGAAAUGGUACUUUAUUUAUAGUCUGCUUCACACAGCAAGAAAAAUAUAACCAUGAAGUAAUAAACUAUACUUUUUCAAAGCUUUUGAAUAAAUCUUGUGUUGAAGCAAAAAUAAAAGUUAUUGAGAAGAUGAGUCUUUUAUGAACACUAGACAAAAUUAUAUACACAACUUCUAUUCUCCCCUAACAUUGAAAUGAAAAAUCAUGAAACACAGCACUGUUAAUUUUUUCAUUAUUGGUAGACUUGAGUAGUAGUUGACAGAUUUGCCCCCAUAUACUUAACACAUGGACUGGAUAUCCAGCAUGAUGGUCACUGAGGAUACACAGAUACUCAGACAACAUAAGAGUUUCAGUUUGAAUCAAUGGCAAAAGUUUCUCAACUAAUUGUGUAACAGUAUUCUUGGACUCUUGUUGUUUUGGUUUCUGAAAAAGGACAUAGUUUCAUCAAAGAAAGGAUAUUAAAUUCAAGGAGGCGUUCCUGAAUAAGUAAAAACUCUCCAUUCUUUGCCUUUAACAAUUAUUUUUCUUUUAUAGCUAUAAAGGGUAAGCUAUUCUGUUUUAUUAUUUCCUUUACUAGUCAUAAUUUAAUGAUUCUCUUUUUUUUUAUUUUAUGGCUAAUGAUACAUUACACAGUCUGCUCUUAGUGGAGCAUUUUCUUUACAGCAUUAGAUAUAGGUUAACUUUUUAGUACAUAUAAGCUUGUGUGUGUGCGCACAAAGUGCACAUUUGCACAUGUGGGCAUGCACUUCUUUACCCAUUUAAUCUCAUUGUCCAUUUAUAUCAGUCUGAUAAAGUACAACAAUCUGCACAAAUCAUGGAUCAUAUGGUACCUCAGUGAAAAAUCUUUUUCACUGCAUGAUAUUCUUGGAUAACCGAAAGUUUUUAAUUUUUUCCAUCAUGGUUUUGCAUUUAUAUAUGUCAGUUUGUAUAGAGUUUAUUUGCCUUUAUUUACUAUAUGUAAAAUAUCAAAAACUGAUGGCACUCUAAAAUGUGUCACUUUGUUUACACAAUUUUAAUCUGACCAAUUUCACAGAGUUGAAGCCCCCUUAAUGCUUUCAUUUCAACUGUGCUACAGUUGUAACAUUUCAACUGUAGCUACAAUGGCAACAAAUGAUUUUGUGAAGUCAUAGUCCUUGGCAGCUCAUAUUUAGAACAAAUGAGCGCUUUUUAAAUUUCUGCAUAGUUCUCUGCACUGGUAAUAAGUGUUAACACACUAGAGCUGAGCAACUUCUUCAGCAUUUGCAGAGCUGCCAAAUAUUUCAUCAGUACCUUCCCUAUUUUAUAUAUACUAGGGCAACAUAAAGCCAGUCACAUAGCCAGUGAUCUGAUAACUGUUUUCUUAGUUAUUCUACCAAGUGUACUGUGAGACUGUUGUCUGCUUUUAAUCAUUCAUUAAUGGCUGAUAUUCUUAAUUAUAUAUUUUAAGAUCACCUACUAUGAAUACCAUCAGUGUUAAGUGAAUUGUUUUAUUUAGCCAAAUGCAUUAAGUAAACUGUAUUUUCAGAACAUUAAAAUUAAACAUAAAUUUAAGUAAAUCUGUAAUACAGACCAGACUAAUUAUAAUAGGUGGGGCUGUUGCCAGAAAGCUUAAAUUUGUACUGCAUGUUAAAGUGCCACUGGCUGUGGGUAUGAGAAUCCAGAAAUGUCUAACUCAAAAUUACUUUGCCAUUGUACUUAAGAAAAAAUGCUGAGUGUAUCUGUAUCAGUGGGUGUCGAUGACUGUGUGUGUGCGCGCGCACAAGCACUUGCAUUCCUAAACAUCUUAAAGGUAAGAUUGCUUAGAAUUAGGUGUGACAGGAUACCAUUCUGGCCAUAAAAUAUUUAUGUUAACUCUUAGUAUGCAUGGUUAGUAUAGCCCCUUAUUUUGCUGGAAAUAAGCUAGUAUGAGUGCUUCAGGCUAUGUGCUUCUUACAUUGUUCAUACUAUAGUAAACUGUUUCAUUUUCUCCCCUCUGCCACUUAUCACUGAAUAAACUUGCUGUAAACUUGCA